AUGGGUUCCGCUCAGGUCGAAUUCAAGAGCACCUCCACCAACACUCUCCUCGAGUUGGUUAAGGCCCGCCGUACCUACUAUGGUCUCAAGGCCGAGAGCCCUAUCUCCGACGAUGCCAUCCAGUCCAUCGUCGAGACCUCCGUCCUCCACGUUCCCAGCUCGUUCAACACCCAGACUUCCCGUGUUGUUCUCCUGCUGAAGGAGGAGCACCAGAAGGUCUGGGACAUCGCCAUCAAGGCCAUGGAGGGUCUUGUUGCCGCCGGUGCCGUCCCCAAGGAGAUGUUCGAGAACCACACCAAGCCUAAGCUCGAGGCUUUCCGCGCUGCCUACGGAACUGUCCUCUUCUUCGUCGACUACGAGUCUCUCGCCCCCAUCAAGGAGAAAUUCGCCAUCUACGCCGACAAGUUCGACCCCUUCGCCCUCGAGUCCAACGCCAUGUCCCAGUACCUUGUCUGGACCGCUCUCCAGUCCGAAGGCCUCGGCGCCAACCUCCAGCACUACAGCCCCCUCAUCGACGCCGACAUCCAGAAGACCUGGAACCUGCCCGCCUCCUGGAAGCUGGAUGCCCAGCUCGUCUUCGGUACCCCUACCGGCGAGCCCGGCCCCAAGGAAUUCGCCCCUCUUGAGGACCGCUUCAAGGUCUUCGGCAAGUCUGCAUAA